CCGGCCAUUUCAGAAGGCUAUGGACAAGCAGAAGCAGAACCGGACCGGCACUUCCGGUUCUCACGAGAGCUUCUUCAGAGAAAGAUGAUGAUAAACCGGCAUUCAACCCGUUCGGUUUUGUCACUGACAAUCCGUCUAGCCGAAGCGCAAUUCAGAUGCCUGAGAGUCCUGCUGAGGACGGAAACGUCGGCCAAAUGCUUUACAGAAUUGAAGACAAAGGAAAGGAGUACGGAUCAUAUGUCAAAUCAGGAAAAUUUAGGUGGUUUGUGAGAGAAACAGGAUCACCUGAAAGCAGACGUGGGACAGUUAUAUUUCUCCAUGGAGCUCCAACACAAUCAUACAGCUAUCGAGUUGUUAUGUCUCAGAUGGCGGAUACUGGAUUCCACUGCUUUGCACCUGACUGGAUCGGAUUUGGAUUUAGUGACAAGCCACAACCUGGUUACGGUUUCGACUACACUGAGAAAGAGUUCCAUGAAGAGUUCGAGAAGUUACUUGAAGUCCUGGGAGUGACGUCUCCAUUUUUCCUCGUAGUUCAGGGAUUCCUUGUGGGUUCAUACGGCUUGACUUGGACUUUGAAAAAUCCCAGUAAAAUAUCGAAGCUUGCGAUUCUGAACACUCCACUGACAGUUUCUUCACCUAUUCCUGGACUUUUUCAGCAGCUCAGAAUUCCGUUCUUUGGUGAAUUUACUUGCCAGAAUGCAGUAAUGGCAGAGCGCUUCAUUGAAGCAGGUAGCGCCUACGUCUUAAAGCUGGAGAAGGCUGAUGUGUACCGGCUACCAUAUUUGGCAAGCAGUGGACCUGGAUUUGCUUUGUUGGAAACAGCAAGGAAAGCUAACUUCAAUGAGAUCGCAAGUCAAAUAUCAUGUGGUUUUGCAUCUGGAAGCUGGGAUAAACCAAUUUUAGUUGUUUGGGGAAUAUCAGAUAAGUAUCUCCCUCAAUCAGUUGCGGAGGAAUUUCAGAAGGCAAAUCCCGAUUCUGUCAAGCUUAAGCUGAUUGAAGGUGCUGGCCAUAUGCCACAAGAGGACUGGCCGGAGAAAGUAGUUGAUGCUCUUAGAAUGUUUUUCCGUUGAUGCAUGACCUUCAACCAUGGAUUUUCAGCUACUCCGUAUGUUAUUCAACUUGCAGCAGUGUUUACGGUGCCCUCUUUUCUAAUUUGAAAAGCAUAGUGGAAUUAUUAUGAUUAUGACAACUCAAAAAUUGUGAAAAUUAGCCCUUUUAAAUUGAAAUUUAAAGGCAAUCGUGUAUAACAUCAAAAGGUAAUGGUUGAACUCGUAUUAGAUUGCGCGCGUUUACAUUGCCAAUGACCUAUACAGAUGUACAUACGUAUAUGGAUGUGAAGUUAUGUCCAAA